ACGAGUUCGGCUAGAGUCCUGGUGCUUGCUGGGAUUACAAUUUAUGUUUACUUUGUGUCAAAUUAACACAUUGUUUUCUUUUGUUUUACUUAUAUAACAACAGUACAACCUUGUUUACCAUCAUCUACUGAAAUUGUAUCGGUUUGCAUCAGUUUCAAUGCGUGACUUUUAAUUUGAAGGCGAACCGUCGAUUCCGCUAUUGUUGUCCACAGCACACUGGUCUAUGAAACACUGACAGGUGAGAAAGGGCGACCGACGGACUAACAACACCGUCAAUGAAACUUUGUUGCUGAUUUCGUUAUGGGGAUGCCAUACGCCAUGUUAAGAUAAAGACGACUGUGUUUAACAUGCUUAAGCGGUUGGACAAAAUCCGGUUCCGGGGCCAACGGACAGAUGUGUUUCUGGAUCUGGGCGACUCGCCCAACACAUCUGACACUGAAUGUAGCGAAGACAUUCUGAUGAAGCCUCGGCCCUCACUUGAAAUGAAAGACACUGAAGAACUGCAAGACCCUGCUGGUCCAGGGACACUUACUAUGCCUGCUGCAGCCACCCAGGACUACCAGAGGGCUGAGACAGAUCGACUCAACGACUUGAAAGGCCACCUGGAAAUUGCCUUACUGGAAAAGCAUUUUCUACAGGAAGAGUUAAGGAAACUUCGAGAAGAAACCAACAUAGACACUCUGAAACAGGAGUUGGAGAAAGAGAGAUCGAAGAGGCUGGACUUGGAACAGAAACUGAACUUGGAAGUUCUCAAAAUCGGACCGGAAGAUUACCCAUCACAGCGACCCAGAGAAACACCUCCACCUCCCACUGCCAACAGUACAGCAGACAAGCAGAAGGAGACCAUGUACUCAUGGCUGCAGGCGUGGCUGUACAACCGGUUUGGAGCGUACAUCGGGGACUUCCGUUUCCAGCCGGAGGAGAACACAGUGGAGCCAGAGGAGCCGCUAAGCGCUAAGAGAUUGACUGAAAACAUGAGAAGACUCAAGCGAGGUGCCAAACCUGUCAUAAACUUUAAGAGGAAUCUUUUUGCCUUAUCCAGCUGGCAAUCAGUGUAUACGUCAGCCUUCGCCUUCAUUAUCUAUAUGAAUGCAGCGUGGCACGGUUGGGCCAUCCCCAUGUUUAUCUUCCUAGCCAUUCUAAGGUUGUCCUUGAAUUACCUCAUUUCCAGAGGUUGGAGGAUCCAGUGGAGUAUUGUGCCUGGGGUCUCUGAACCUGUGGAACCACCAAAGGAGGAUCUGACUGUUUCAGAGAAAUUCCAGUUAGUUCUUGAUGUAGCUCAAAAAGCACAGAAUCUUUUUGGAAAGAUGGCAGAUGUCUUGGAGAAAAUAAAGAACCUGUUCAUGUGGGUGCAUCCUGAGCUCACUCAGAAGCUUUACGUUGGUCUAUGGGUGGCCUUGAUCUGCUCCUGUCUCAUCCCCUACAAACUCAUAGGCUUUAUGAUUGGGCUGUAUGCAGGGAUCAAGUUCUUCAUCAUCGACUUCAUGUUUAGGAGCUGUCCCAAGUUAAGGGACAAGUAUGACACGCCCCACAUAAUCUGGACCAGCCUGCCCACUGACCCCCAGCUGAAGGAGCGGGGGGGCGCGACAUUGUCCAGACGGAUCCAUCCGACGGUAGCUCAUGGCAGUCUAGGAACAGCCUUACCAUGUGGUAUCAGUCUAGAGGAACAGACUGGCAGGGCCUACAAUACAAAGAAGGGGGCUUUCCACGAGGUCUUCAAUCUUUCCGGGGAUGAGCGCCCCCUAGCAGUGUGUGAGAAUGGCUGGCGAUGCUGCUUGAUCAACAGGGACAGGAAGAGUCCCACUGACUACAUCCGUAAUGGUGUGCUCUUUGUCACUGAAAAUUACCUUUGCUUUGAAAGCUCAAGCUGCAGGUCAAAUUCCUCUAAAAAGAACAAAGUCAUCAAACUGAUUGACAUCACUGAUAUUCAGAAGUACAAAGUCUUGUCUGUAUUACCUGGAUCUGGAAUGGGAAUCUCCAUAGCAACACCGUCCACCCAGAAGCCGUUGGUGUUUGGUGCCAUGAUCCACAGGGACGAGGCCUUUGACGCCAUCUUCACACAAUACAUGAAGAAAGUGACCAUGACCUCAGCCACCAACCCUGAGACCUAACAUACCAAAAUGGCUGCCUUCACCAGGGAUGUCCUAUACUGACACAGCGAGUUCUCUAUGUAGUACACUGCUACUGGCCAAUUAGUAUAUCUGCAAGUAUGUUAAGCUAGUGUCCAUGCCAAGGUGGUGGAUUCCUCCACCAAGCCACAUUAGGUUAGUAUGUGAGGAUGGUAUCCACUUGAUCUGAGGCCUGGUCCAUCACUCUAGAGCCCAAGGUCUUUGUAUCCUCUCGCUGAUAACCGCAACUCCUCAUUAGGUCUAACUAAGGAACUACAACUCCUGGACCCGCACACCAUCGCUGCCUCCUACUGGUUCGGUCGAGGCUAUUGCAUCCAGGGAAGUAGCCAAUAGAGCCUAGAGAGCACACUUGUCUUGAUUUGCUGUUGUUCUGUACUCGGGUAAUAGCUUUUCAAUUCUCUCUCUUUUGUUGUCAGUUUUUUUUUCUUCCGCGCGUGCGUAGUGUGCACAUGCGCAAGAAUGUACGCUGCUAAAAAGCGUAUGUGUGUGGUGGGGGGGAUCAUUUUAUGGUCAACACUGUUGUGCUGUUUCAGGAGGAGGCUGGAUCUCUUUGCCUAUCUGACAGGACUGCCUGGCACUCCCAUUUUGUGUAUCACACUCAUUGAUGCUCUUUGCUCCAUUUAAUGCUCUCCUUCAAUAGGAUGUAUUUGGUUUGAUAUAGAUAUCAUUGGUGGCCUUGCACAGGCCUUAACUCACAUUUUGUAAAGUGCACCAGAAACCACGUUUAUGAAAACCUCAAGCCUUCAUGUUUCCCAGUUAAUGAAAGUGCGGAGGGACGGAACGGGAAUAAUUUAAUGAUGGGCAGUCAAAAGCCUGAAGUUAAUGUAGUCUAUCUUUCUCGCACACAUUUUUGUCUUGGCGAAGAAAAGGUGUGGAUUUACAUGUCCUUGUUAAGGAGUUAUGAUGCAUUCAUAAGCACUACCUAAUGUCAACAUAGUCUUUCUGAAGCCUCAUAGUAUAUUUAUUAUGUAGAACAAUAUGUGAUUUGUAAUAUGUGACAUUCUACAUAACUAAUUGGUUCAGUAAAAACGAUAACUUAUGUAGGUUUUGUAGAAUGUUUAUGAAUGUACUGUAAGUACUUUAUGGGACAGAUUACAUGUAAAGCAAUUCCAAAAAAUCUAUCUCCAAAAAACCAGGAGCCUUUUCAACCACUCUCAAUGAAGCCUUAUCUAAUUCUCUAACAGAUUUAGGCCAGGAUUCAAACCAAUGCAGCACUGCACUUUCUACUGAUUCUGACAUGUAACUUCAGGUAAAUUGCCAUUGGAUCACGCAUCACGAAACCACAUGUUCUUAAAAGUCGAGUGCAGUGCAAUGCCGGUUAUUUGUGUUAGUUUGAAUCCCGAACAAAAAUGUUGGUAAUAAAGUUUUCUUUUGGGUUUUGACAGCAAACGGGAAUGGGGUUUAUAUUAAAAUGCUAGUGACCUUGUCAAAAGGUUCGGACCUCUUGGUGUAAUGGUUAAGGUGUUGGCUUGAAGGUCACUGGACCUGGCUUUGAGUCCCGGUCGGGGCUACCCCCUGAAUUCUCUACAUUGGUGUCAGAAGUGGGAUGGUGUCUGUGCGGCCAUCGGAGAGGCGUGUACACCUGAAGGACUUGGUAUAGAGAAAGUGUGGGGGGGACACACUCCCGAAGGAAGGGGGUAAUGUAGCGUCCUUAACCCAACACCUAGCGACCUCGUCAAGAUGUUCGGAGCUCUUGGCGUAACGGUUAAGGUGUUGGCUACAAUGUGUUCUAGUUGAGCACAUGCUAGGGAGGCUAACUGGACAUUUGCUUGAUGCCUUUUAGUCUACACCAAGUAACUUAGGUAUCUCACUCUCCAAGCCCCUACGAAAAAGUUAGAUAUGCUUAAGAAGCACAGAAUGAACUGUAUGUAUGCCAAAAUGUUUACUUUAUUUCACUGCUUGUCAUUUAGUUCUUUCACCCUACAUCUGUAAUGUUGACGUGUUAGGUUCUAAACUCCACUGCUUUAAGUCAGUUUGAUUCCUUGUAAGACUAUGAGGUCAUGAAGACUGACCGGUAUGUCUUGUGAUGGAGAACUUCUGAAUGCUGAUAAACCUGAGUGGUCACAUCUCAGCCAAUCAAAGACUUAACCUGGGUUUAGGAACACUCUUUGCCAGUGGAUGGUGAAUUGAAAGGUGUCAAUUCGUGGAGUCGUGUUGCUUCCAAAUCUGUUUGAAUCACUGCUGUCUGAACAAUGUCAAUAUAUGGCAUGGCCGUCAACUUGAAGAUGGAAAGUUAUCAUUAUAGUACCGUGUGUGUCCCAAACCAUUGAUGGUCUUGUAAAAAAAAAAAAAGCCUCGCUAAUCGAUCAUGCCCUUGUUGAUGGAUCAUCCUUUUCGUCGCUUGCCAAAUUCCCAGUAUGAUGGCAAUGGCUUCACCAAGUCCUCUGGUAGGUUAUUGUACAGUUUCUGCCACACUGUAAUGCUCACCUACCAUGUCAUUUCACAAUAGUUACGGAGGAUCAACACGGGACUGGAUACAUUUUCAGAGGAUGGAUAUAUAUUGUCUCUAUAGUUCUGCAUCAGAGGGGCAGAGAUUGUUUGAACCACUGAGGCUUGCCGACUGAGAACUGCAGUACUAAUCAUGUGGCCUCUGUGUUAACCAAGUACAGUGCCUUCAGAAAGUAUUCAUACCCCUUGACUUAUUCCACAUUUUGUUGUGUUGCAGGCUGAAUUCAAAAUGGAUAAAAAAUAUUUUUUUCUCUCACCCAUCUACACACACUACCCCAUAAAUGACAAAGUGAAAACAUGUUUCUAGAAAAUGUUGUAAAUGUAUUGAAAUGAAAUACAGAAUUAUCUCAUUUACAUAAGUAUUCACACCCUUGAGUUCAAGACUUUGUAGAAGCACAUUUGGCAGUGAUUAUAGCUGUGAGUCUUUCUGGGGUCUAUAAGUCUAUAAGAGCUUUCCACACCUGGUUUUGCAACAGUUGGCCAUUUUUUUAGUUUACCUAUCUACCAAUAAGUGCCCUUUGCGAGGCAGGUCUUUGUUGUCGAAUCUGUAUUUGAAAUUCUCUGCUCGAAUGAGGGACCUUAGGCUUGCCAUAACAAAGGGGUUGAAUACUUAUUUACCCAAGACAUUUCAGCUUUUCAUUUUUUAUUAAUUUGUAAAAAUUUCUAAAACUUUGACAUUAUGGAGUAUUGUGUGUAGGCCAGUGACAAAGAAAUCUAUAUGUUAUCCUUUUUAAAUUCAGGCUGGAACACAGCAAAAUGUGGAAAAAGUCUAGGUGGUGCGAAUACUUUCUGAAAGCCAUGUAUUUAUUUUAAAUCAACGUACUUAUUUGCUAAUUCAUUUUUCACAAUACUUCCCAAUCAGUAUGUAACUGUUUAGGAAAGAUAACCAGUUACAGUAGGUGUGAAUACUUCUUUGUAAUCUGCGGUGUCCACUGCCUUCCCAAAACAUUGUACAUAUGCAAUUAUGUAAUGAACAAAUUUUAAAUCCCUGUAAAGUUUUUAAAGGAAAUUGUUUAUUGUAAAAUGUUAUGAACAUUUUCACUAAAGUAAACACUUUUAAAGUAA